AUGGACUUGCGAGAGCUCAUUGCUGCUGUCAACAAUGACAUUGGGAAUUUGCAGUCGGGUGUUCAGAGUCGAGAGCUGAGGAAUGUCGAUCUCUUGUAUCAGUGCGAUCAUGUCGAACCUCCGGUCGAGGAGGAGAAAGCAGCGGCUGCUGUAUCCGACGAAGACCUGCUCAAGAAGAAGCUUCUUGCUUACAUGACCAUCGCAGAAACUCUCUCCUCCUCUCACUGGAACCUCGUGCGAGCUGAUGUGGCCUCCUCCCCGGCAUGUCGCAGAGUGCCCAAGGGAGGAGGAGCCGCUGAAUGA